AAGUUGACAAAAAGUUUGCGAUUUUACCAAUUAAACACAUUUUUUUUUUAGUGCUACUGUUGUUUGAUAUUGCAGCAUUUGGAAUAUGAGUGAUACUAGGGAUCAAAUUUUGGAACAGAUUAAAUUGCAAGGCGAUCUCGUACGUCAGCUGAAAGCAUCGAAGGAAUCCAAAGAGAAGGUGGCGCCAUCUAGCGCGGGACGCGCGAUGUCAACAACAAAAGUUGGUCAACAAUUGAAAGCACAACAACAAGAACAAUUACAAGAUCAACAACAUCAAGAAAUACAUAAGAUCGAUGAGGAGGUGUCGCGCCUACUGGCUCUGAAGGCCACACUCGGCGGCGAUGCCACGCCUGCCAACCAAAAGUUCACCUUGAAAACUCCGAAAGGUACGCGGGACUACGCGCCCCAGCAGAUGACGCUACGACAGGGUGUCCUGGAUAAGAUUGUUCAGGUGUUCAAGCGGCAUGGCGGCGAGGCCAUCGAUACGCCCGUCUUUGAGCUAAAGGAGGUGCUAACGGGCAAAUACGGCGAGGACUCGAAGCUCAUUUACGAUCUGAAGGAUCAGGGUGGUGAGAUCUUAUCAAUGCGCUACGAUCUGACCGUUCCACUGGCUCGCUAUCUGGCCAUGAACAAGAUAUCCAGCAUUAAGCGCUAUCACAUCGCCAAGGUCUAUCGGCGCGAUAAUCCAGCGAUGACACGCGGUCGCUAUCGCGAGUUCUAUCAGUGUGAUUUCGAUAUUGCCGGCACCUAUGAUCCGAUGCUGGCGGAUGCCGAGUGCGUUAAGAUUGUUGCCGAAAUACUGAAUACUCUGGACAUUGGUGACUAUGUGAUUAAGCUCAAUCAUCGCCAGCUACUCGACGGCAUGUUUGAGGCAUGCGGCGUGCCAGCAAACUGCUUCCGAGCCAUCUGCUCUGCGGUCGACAAAUUGGAUAAGUCACCCUGGGAGGAUGUGCGGAAGGAGAUGGUGGAGGAGAAGGGUCUAGAUGGCGCUACGGCCGACAAAAUCGGGGAAUAUGUGCGUCUCAGUGGAGGAGCCGACCUUGUUGAGCAGCUGCUGGCCGAUCCUAAAUUGAAAGCGGUUCCCAAUGCAGUCAAGGGACUCGAGGGCAUGCAGCUGCUGCUCAAAUACUGUGCACUCUUUGGACUUGAGCAGCGCAUCAGCUUCGAUUUGAGUCUGGCGCGCGGCCUCGACUACUAUACGGGUGUCAUCUACGAGGGUGUUCUCAAGGUGGAUCCAAGCCCUGCUGGCUCACCAGCUAAAUCGUCGCAGAAUGGCGAGCAAGCGAUGGAGCAGGGUGGCACCGUUGGCUCCGUGGCCGGUGGUGGUCGGUAUGAUAAUCUGGUUGGCAUGUUCGAUCCUCGGGGCAAGGCUGUGCCCUGUGUGGGCGUCUCAAUCGGCGUGGAACGCAUCUUCUCAGUGCUGGAGGCUAAAUUUGCCGCCAGCAAGGUGAAGCUGCGGACCAGCGAUGUUGAGGUGUAUGUCGCCUCCGCCCACAAGGGCUUACACGAGCAGCGACUGCGUGUGCUUAACCAGCUCUGGGAUGCGGGCAUCAAGGCGGAGCAUUCUUACAAGCUAAAUCCGAAGCUGUUGGCCCAGUUGCAGCACUGCGAGGAGCAUCAAAUACCCUUGGCCAUUGUACUGGGCGACUCCGAGCUGGCUCAGGGAAUCGUCAAGCUACGCGAGGUGACCACGCGGCAGGAGUCCAGUGUGCCGCUGGUCGAGCUGCCCGACGAGAUUCGUCGCAGGCUGCAGAAAUAGCUAAAUUAUCGAUCUAAUCGGCAAAUCCUCGCAACUUUCGAUAUUACAACUAUUCUAAGAUUUUUUUUGUUUUGUUUUUACAUCAUUUGUCAAUGCAUCAAAUGUUUUGUAUUUGCUCUCGUCUGCUGCGCCUUUCAGUGGAGGCAUCCAUGUGCUACUAUGUUAUACGAACUUACCACUUAUUUGUGAGAAUUAGUUAUAGCAAAUUUAUACCAAAACUGAAGAAUUCAAAUAAACUACAAAAGUAUUCGCAUUAAACAAAAACAAA